AUGGCCUAUUUCCCGUCCCCCUCCUUCCCCCUUCCCUCCCCACCCCUUCCCCCCUCCCUUCCCCCUCCUUCCCCCCUCCCCACCCCCCCCCCCCCUUCUUCCCCGCUCUUUCCCCCUUCCUUCCCCCUUCCCUCCCCCUUCCUUCCCCCUUCGUUCCCCCCUCCUUCCCCCCUCCUUUCCCCUCCGCCUCCCCUCUUCCGCUUCUGGCUGCGCGUGACCUGGCGGAACGCGGUGACAGGCGGAGUGGCCGCUUCCCCCUUAUUUUUCCCCCUUCCCAUCCCCCCGCGUUCGUCCCCCUCCUUCCCCCUUCCUUCCCCCUUCCUUCCCCCUUCCUUCCCCCUCCUUCCCCCUUCCUUCCCCCUCCUUCCCCUCUCUCUCUUGUCCCUCAUUCCCCCCUGCCCCCAUAAUGUCCCAGAAACGUUAUGCACCCCUCAUGACUUCAGCUCUCAUGACCCCUGCUCUCUCGACCCCGGCUCUCCCCUCAUUUUCCUGCUCUCCCCUCGUCGUCCCCACUCUCCUCUCAUCGCCCCCGCUCUCCCCUCUUUUUCCUGCUUUCUCUUCCACUUCCUUCCCCCUUAUCUCCAUCCGCUGGCCCCUUGA